CUGUUCAGAAUCAUAUUUCAUCUUUCUUUCGUUCUGAUGAUUUCGACCAAACUUACUCAACUUGCGAUUGCAGUAGGUGUCGGUGUAGGUACUGGCAUCUAUGUUUUUAAACCUCUUCUUCAAGAAUAUGAACAAGAAACAAACGGUACUUGGCUUCGUCCUGGUGAUAAACAAAAACUACGAAACCCACCACAAAAAUAAAAUAAAAUAAAAUAAAAUAAAAAUAAAAAUAAAAAUAAAAAAUUCUUUUCCUCUCUA